GUAGUUCCCCAGCUCCGCAAGUCACUUUGCUGUUGUGGGCUGAGGUGCGCGGACGGUUCUUGUGCGGCUGCAAUAAAAGCAACGCCAACCAACAACGACAACGAUGGCUUUCAAAGAGCUUUUCCUCUGGUGCGUCGUAUUGGUGUGGGUCUCCGUUCCCACGGAAGCCACGGAAAAGGUUCCUAAAGUGCAAGUCUAUUCCCGCCACCCUGAAUCCAUCGGCAAGGAGAACACCUUGCACUGCUUUGUGGAGGGUUUCCACCCUCCCAAGAUCAACGUUACUCUUCUGAAGAACAACGUUGAAAUUCCCGGCGUCCAGCGGUCCGACCUCUCUUUCAAGGAAGAUUGGACCUUCCAGCUUCUGGCUCACGUUUCGGUGGUUCCCAAUGGAAAAGAUGAAUAUUUGUGCAGAGUGGAACACCAGGCGUUCCGCGAACCCCAGAUUGUGAAAUGGGAACAGAACUACUAAUCCAGUAAUCUCCAGCAAACAAGAUUUGAUGAAUUAUACUUUACUAUUUCUGCUGAUGCGGUUUAUGAAUGACUUCGAAAACUAUUUCUGCUUAUCGCUGACUGAAGAUCUCCCAUUUCAACUUUUUAAGGCAAUGCAUUUUCAGGAAUGGAUCAAAGAUGGACAUCGCGUGUUUCUAUAAAUCAGGAUUUGAGGCCUCAUGAUUUUUUAAAAAGUUUUCUAUAUUUAGAGUCAUAGUCCAUAUGGAGUCAUCACCAUAAAUAUAGAGUCACAGUCUUAUAGAGUCUACUCUGAGGGAGGGAGGGAUUUCCUAAAUAUGGCUGAUCAAUCAAUCUGUUUGAAAAGUAUUACUUUCGCUUUAUUGCUAUGUUAAAUCUUUUAGGAGUUAAGAGUAUUUUCUUUUGUUAUUGCAGAGAUAAGAAUGGAAGAAUGGAAUUUUCUAAAAAUGAUAAAGUUUCCUUUUAUAAACUGCUACCUGAUAGAUUAGCUCAGUCUUACCCAACAUAUAUGCUCCUCCACUAAUGUAUGCAUACCUUCAAUAAAAGUUGUUUAACAAUG